CAGGGAAUUUACUGAAAACAUCAGGACUUUCUGAUUGAAAACAGACUCUUUCACUCUGAUUUUGGGAAGACAUUUUGGUUUUAAAUCUCACUUUGCUAAAGAAAUAUAAUGCAAAGUGACAAUAAUUGUCUUCAAGCAGUGACUAUCCCGAGAUCUUUUUCUGGCCAGCUCAACCUGACAAAGUUACUUUCAGCGCUUGUGAUUGGCUGAGUUCAUAAGGGCUUCUACAACAUGGCUACUCAGAGUGAAUUGUCUGUCAGUGCCACAUCCUCAUUGUUGAACUUCAUCUUCUCCGUUUUCAAGACUUUCUGUGAUAACUGUGUCCUAUAUCAUAUUUUCUGUGUAUAUAUAUAGUGACAAACUUUAUGUUCGAUUAAAGGUGAAAUACAGAAUUUGUAAAUGUUUUUUUCAGACUGCCGUUCCAAAGUGAUACUAUUUCAAAACCCUGUGCAAGCCUUUUGGGAGUGUUUCGAGGCAAUGGUGAACACUCUGUAUUUACAAGUUGUACUUUUGUUUCAAUCUGAGGAAACAAGCAAUUUUCGACUAGGCCGAGAGUACAUCAUACUACGCAAUCCUACCAUGUUGGAGAACAUCAUGUGGUAUGACGGGACACCUAUGUGGGUGCGAGUGGCAUUGGACCGCGUGAAUGGACGACUAUUUGGGCUGUAUAAGGUGUCCUUAACUGACCUUCUGUUAAGAUGGCUACCAGAGAUAGUCCUGGCCACUUUUCAGACUCUGGAUCCAAAGGUGUAUGGGAUCAUGGCUAAGAAGGAACAGGGAGACGUGUACCUUUUCCUUAGACUCCCAGAACAAGGGAAGGAAUCUUUGAGAAUGUGCUUGUCACGCCGUAAUGAGGAUAUGAAUAUUAUCAGAGACCUGACGGCCCGGCUGUUUGCCGAAAUCGCAAGGUAUCACAGGGCAGGGGUGGCCAAUCUUGGCAUUACUGAGGACGCCGUGUCUGUCAUCAGUGGGGGUUUCCUCCGUGUCGUAUUAGGAAGUCUGAGUCAUGCGAUGUUUCGAGGAUUCGCUCCUGGGUUUGAGGAGGCAAAACUCAGAGAUGUUGAGAGGGCCAAAAGUAUAAUUCUGACUUACCUCAGCAGGCUGCCAUCCAGGUGCCCCUUGUGUUGGGUCCUCCUUACCCCAAACUGUACAGCCAUAAACAUUUUGAGCAGAAUUCAUUUAUUAAAGCCAACCCAGGAGGUUUCAUAUGAUCUAGCCACAGAUGGGCCAGGUUUUUUUAUGUCAGAUGAUCCACAGAGAUUUCUUUCUGGACCACAGCAGCUGGCACUGACUAGUUGUGACCAGAAUGCCCGUGGUACAGGCUCUCCAACCCAGCCCAUCUCACCCCACAUGAGAGUCAGAGAAUCUGGAGAAAAUGUGGGAACGCGUGAGGAAGAGCGUUGGGAGCAGCGGCGGCAACGGCAAUCGGCUCUUCCCGAAUCUGCACUGCAAGCUGAAGACAUUCGAAGCGUAAACCCAGUGUCUUCUCCCUCAAAAAAUACAAGCUCUAAAUGUCUAACAGCAAACCUGCCUGUCGUGGAGAGCAAGGGAUUCCCGCAGACCCCAGUGGCUGAGGAGCUGACCGACAUAUCCGAGCAGGGGUCAAGCGGAGGCGCAGCGGCUAUUUCUAAUAGUGAGCAGAGAGAGCUGAUUAGUGAUGAGGCAGUAGAUAUUUCUGCAGACCUGGAAGACCUAAAAACUGAAGACGUGCCUGUCACUAUCAGCAUUCCCAGACAGGUGACUUUGGCAGAUUCUGGUGUGGGCGCAGACAUGGCCGGCGAUGAUGAUGAUGACGACGGUCAUCCUCCUGACUGAGUACGUGAGCUAACUCUUACUUCUUUGCCUAUAAAGUCAGGGGCACAUUAGUGGAAUAUGAACUUUACCACAGAUUUAAUACGCUGGUGACAUUCAUAGUAUAGUCACAGAUACACUAGACAGAUUUUUCCCAUCCCUCGUGGUCAGUAAGGUAUGUCAUGUGACCUAGUAUGUAAUGUAGUAAGAA